AUGGCACUUCUCUAUGCCACCAUCUUUGGGAAUGUGACGACCAUUUUCCAACAGAUGUACGCCAACACCAACAGGUACCAUGAGAUGCUCAACAGCGUUAGGGACUUCCUGAAGCUCUACCAGGUGCCGAAGGGAUUGAGUGAGCGAGUCAUGGAUUAUAUCGUGUCCACCUGGUCCAUGUCCAGAGGCAUUGACACAGAGAAGGUCCUGCAGAUCUGCCCCAAGGACAUGAGAGCCGACAUCUGUGUGCACCUGAACCGCAAGGUGUUCAAGGAGCACCCAGCUUUCCGACUGGCCAGCGAUGGCUGCCUGCGGGCACUGGCCAUGGAGUUCCAGACGGUGCACUGUGCCCCGGGGGACCUCAUCUACCAUGCAGGAGAGAGUGUGGACAGCCUCUGCUUUGUCGUCUCCGGCUCCCUAGAGGUGAUCCAGGAUGAUGAGGUGGUGGCCAUUCUAGGGAAAGGAGACGUGUUUGGAGACGUGUUCUGGAAGGAAGCCACCCUGGCCCAGUCCUGUGCCAACGUUAGAGCCUUGACCUACUGUGACCUGCAUGUGAUCAAAAGGGAUGCCCUGCAGAAAGUGCUAGAAUUCUACACGGCCUUCUCCCACUCCUUCUCCCGGAACCUCAUUCUCACCUACAACUUGAGGAAGAGGAUUGUGUUCCGGAAGAUCAGCGAUGUGAAACGGGAGGAGGAAGAGCGCAUGAAACGGAAGAAUGAGGCUCCCCUGAUUUUGCCCCCCGACCACCCUGUCCGGCGACUCUUCCAGAGGUUCCGACAGCAGAAGGAGGCCAGGCUGGCUGCGGAGAGAGGGGGCCGGGACCUGGACGACCUGGACGUGGAAAAGGGCAAUGUCCUCACAGAGCACACCUUGGCCAACCACGGCCUCGUGAAGGCCAGCGUUGUCACCGUCCGCGAGAGCCCUGCCACGCCCGUGUCCUUCCAGGCGGCCUCCAGCUCUGGGGUGUCAGACCACGCCAAGCUGCACGCACCCGGGUCCGAGUGCCUGGGCCCCAAGGGAGGCGGGGGCGACUGCGCCAAGCGCAAAGGCUGGACUCGCUUCAAGGAUGCUUGUGGGAAGGGCGAGGAGUGGAACAAGGUGUCCAAGGCCGAGUCCAUGGAGACGCUCCCUGAGAGGACAAAGGCAUCAGGCGAGGCCACACUGAAGAAGACAGACUCCUGUGACAGCGGUAUCACCAAGAGCGACUUGCGUCUGGACAACGUCGGGGAGGCCAGGAGCCCCCAGGACCGGAGCCCCAUCUUGGCAGAAGUCAAGCAUUCCUUCUACCCCAUCCCUGAGCAGACGCUGCAAGCCACCGUCCUGGAGGUGAAACACGAGCUGAAAGAGGACAUCAAGGCCUUGAAUACCAAAAUGACAAAUAUUGAGAAACAGCUCUCUGAGAUACUCAGGAUAUUAACUUCCAGAAGAUCCUCUCAGUCUCCUCAAGAGCUGUUUGAAAUAUCGAGGCCUCAGUCCCCAGAAUCAGAGAGAGACAUUUUUGCAGCGAGCUGAGAGUUCUGUCAAAUAAAAAAGAAAAUCAAAGAUGAAAACAUACCGCCCUGCCCUAGACACCACCCCACCACACACACCUCCAUGACCAACAACUUUCCAAGUAAGCUUUUCCUGACAGAAAAUCAAAGUGGGACCAGUCGGUUAGGCACGUUCUCUCUGUUUUUCUCUAUCUGGGAAAAGAUACGAGGAGUGUGCUACUACCCUGCAAGAUGGCAGCUGCAACUGAACUGUCUUUGCACAAUUUUGGAAGAGGGGGCAUGCUGUUUAAAGGGUAUUUUCCUCCAUUUUUAAUUUUUUACUGCCAUGAUAUUUGUAAAAGAUGGAAACUACCAGAAAAGAACAGCAGCCAUUUGGGGAUUGGUGGGAGAGCACCGGAAAACCCCUCGUGUAUAUACCAUGGUGGGCUCCUUUGCCAAGACCCCCAAAGAUGGCGGUGGGCACAGGGAUUUCCCAGCAUUCCCUGUCCUUGUACAGCCUGUGUCUGAUGUCACCAUAUAUUUUCCUACAGUAGUUGUUUGUAACAAGCUCAGGACAAGGGGAGCUUGAGGGACAGGGAGGGUAGAGCCUUUAACUUUCUGUCUCUAGUGGUUAAGGCCAAAAAGCAGCAGAGGUGCUGUGAGUGCCUCCCGUAGACACUUAGAGCUGGGAAUCCUCAGGUCCCCUUUCCCGAAAGUGGUGAGCCAAGUGUAAGAGCUAGAGAGGAGCCCUUGGGAUCCAGAGAUUCUCUGGGCUGUGGUCUACAGCUCACUCCUGUGGGACAGCUGAUGGGGAGGGCUCCGGAGGCCCCAGAUGAAUCUCUAGCCUUGCUCCGUGCCACUGGCCUCCUGACACAGGCCCCUUUGCUUCUUUUCCUUCUCGACCUCCUCCCAAGUGUUCCUGUGGCAUUCCUCAGGGUAUGGGGCACUGGCAGGAAGGGCGAUGAGCCCAGAGUUGCUUUAUUAGCAAAGCAGACACACACAUACAACCUCAGAAAAACGAUUGUAGCAAGUGUUAUGUUUAUAUUAUGAUUCUUGCUGGGAUUGUCCUUCAGAAGUUUGUAUUUUGUCCACUGCAUGGGGUCAUUAUAGGACACCUGGGAGCCGUGCUUGGCUUUGUUUUAAAGCUAAUCUCUAUCUCCUACUAAAGUCAGUAGGACUUAAGAGAAACCAUGAAAA